UGACAUUUCAAAAAAUCGGAUCCUUUCAGAUCUUUAUACUUAUGGUGCCUCAGGCCUCAGGCAGCGGCCAUCAAUGAUGGUUUCGGUUGAUUGUUCACUGUUCAUACUCUGAGCAAGGCAGCACAGUCGAUCUUGGAGUGCUAGUGCAAUUUGCACCUGGAGGCACAAACGUGCUCUGGACGAAUGCACAUCUACGAGACACGUUCUAUAUGUUCCCAUUGACACAAUUGAUUGGGGCGUUCAGGCCUCUGACAGGCCUAUGACCAUCCUGAUUUAGGAUUGAUCUUCCAGAGCUUCACUAUUGUAGCACGUGUAUCCACUUAUAAAAUGAUCGCUCUACGAAAUGAGCCGCGGGACCUUAAGCUUCAUAUCUCUCCCACCAACUUAUUAUCUUCCAGGCAUCCUCAGCAUGUCUGUCGAGAAAGAUGUCAAUUCCAUUGAUGAGAAGGAAAGGAAGGCUGGUGACCUUCGCAAGGUCACUGCAAGGACCUACGAAGCGGAACUAAAGGCCACAGCACAUGACCUCAAUAAAAAAGAGUCGCUCAGUGCAUAUUUCACCAUCCUGGCCGCGGGUUUUGGUUUGAUCAGUGACGGUUACCAAAAUAAUCUGAUGACGAUGAGCAACGUAAUCUUCAAGCAAUUAUACCCAAAAGACUACACAUCUAUUGUGUCCACUCGGGUCUCGAAUGCCUUGCUAGUUGGUGCUGUAAUUGGUCAGAUAUUUGUGGGUUUGAUUUGCGACAGAGUGGGACGCAAAGUCGCCCUUGUCUCAACAACCUUACUGAUUGUCGUUGGUGCUACCCUUGGUACUGCGGCUCACGGUGCCCAUGGAAGUGCUCAGGGAUUGUUUUGGUUCUUGACUUUCGCUCGAGGCAUCACGGGUAUUGGCGUUGGUGGUGAAUAUCCUGCUUCUUCCACGAGUGCUAGCGAAGCUGCGAACGAGACGGCACUGAACAAUCGCGGUCCAGUCUUCAUCAUGGUCACAAACUUUGUUCUAUCUUUUGGCGGCCCCCUCGCUGUAUCGGUGUUUCUGAUUGUCCUAUCGGCUGCUGGAGAGAAUCAUCUUGAGACCGUCUGGCGCGUGUGCUUUGGAAUUGGCAUAUUGCUCCCCUUGACUGUAUUUUUCUUCCGUCUUCGGAUGCUGAGCUCGAAGCUGUACCGCAAGGGUGCCAUCAAACGUCACGUACCAUAUGCACUUGUAUUCAAGCGUUAUUGGCGAGAGCUGAUUGGAACUUGUGGGGCUUGGUUCCUUUACGAUUUUGUCACAUUCCCUAACGGUGUCUUCUCGGGUACCAUUAUCUCAAGCGUUAUCCACAACGGCGAUAUAAAGCAGACGGCAGAAUGGCAACUUCUUCUCGGAGUAAUCGCCCUCCCUGGUGUUUUUGCGGGUGCCUAUCUCUGUAAUAGACUGGGUCGAAGAAACACGAUGAUGCUCGGCUUCUCUGGAUACCUCUUGUUUGGCCUAAUCAUUGGACUGGCUUACAACAAGAUAACGAAAAUUAUACCAUUAUUCGUCAUUUUCUAUGGGCUUAUGCAAUCGGUCGGAAACAUGGGACCCGGUGAUAUGCUGGGUCUAACGAGCUCCGAGUCAUAUGCGACUCCGAUCCGCGGCACCUGCUACGGCCUAUCUGCCGCCAUUGGGAAGACUGGAGCAGCCGUUGGCACUCAGGCUUUUACUCCAAUACAGAACAACCUGGGUAAACAAUGGACAUUCAUUAUCGCCGCUAUUUGUGGCGUAGCUGGUGUUCUGAUCACGUAUUUCUGCAUCCCAGACAUGACUGGGGUUGACCUUGCCGAAGAGGACACCAAAUUCAUGAAAUACCUCGCUGAUAAUGGUUGGGAAGGCGAGGUAGGUGAGGGUGAUGAGAAGGGGAUGUUCGCAGACCACGACAUCGCUAAAGCUGGUUCUGCUGAAGAGCUCUAAAGGCAUACUUGAAUUUAUUACUUCAAGUUAGCGGUGUUUUCGUGUUAAGGGGUGUUUUCGUGUUAAGUAUGAAUGUAUAGUCACGUGGUCUAUGUAUGCUUCCGACGCGAA